AGAAAGCCCUCGUCGUCUGCUUCACUCCGCUGAACCCCUAAUUUCCCCCAAGAACCCUAGAGCGCGCCAUGAACCGAUUCCUCCUCUCUCACUCCCUCCGCCACGCCCUCCGCUCCUCUCCCCGAUCUCUUCCCUCCAUAACCCCAACCCUCCGCCUCUUCUCCUCCUCAUCCGACAAUUCGAAACCCGAACCCGCUUCCUUAUCGGAUCCUCCGCCGCCGCCCGAUCCACCAAUCCCCGACGUCGGGAACGCCGAGUUAAAGCGCCGCAUCGAGCAGUACCUCAACGGUUGCGACGAGCAGGCCCUCCCCUCGGUAAUGGAAGCGAUCCUCGCCCGAAAGCUCUCCGGCAAGCACGAGGAAACCGAUGACGAGCUCGUCGACGAGCUUAGGUUCCAGCCGAGGGACGAUAUAAAGGAUCGAGAGUUCGAAUCGGAUUUCGAGGAGAUGCAUGAUACUGAUGAGGAGCUGCCGGAUUUGUACAAUGCGAAGGAGUAUGUGCAGCAUAAGAUGGCGAAAGAUGAGUUCUUUAAUAUGGAUGAUAAGAAGUGGGAUGGGAUGAUUAAGGAGGCGACGGAGAAGGGGUUCUUGAAGGACACCAAGGAGUGCGAGGAGAUUCUCGAGGAUAUGCUCAGCUGGGACAAGCUUUUGCCAGAUGAGACAAAGAAGAAGGUUGAAGCCAAGUUUAACGAGUUAGGUGACAUGUGCGAAAGAGGAGAGAUAGAACCUGAGAAAGCUUAUGACUUAUUCAAGGAGUUUGAAGAUCAAGUGGUUAUGGAAUGUGCUGAGCUAAUGGAAGCAGAGAAGCCCCCUGAAGAAGAUGAACUUGUUGAACACGACAAGAAUGUAAAAUUGGAUGAUCCUCCGGGUGAGGGUCCAAUCUUGAGGUGGGAAUCACGUGUUGUUUUUGGUCCUGGUGGUGAUGCCUGGCAUCCAAAGAACAGAAAAGUUAAACUGUCGGUGACUGUAAAAGAGCUGGAGCUUUCAGGAUAUGCUUUCAAACGGCUACGGGAGGUAGUUGGAAAACGUUAUCAUCCUGGUAGAGAUGAGCUCACAAUUACUAGCGAAAGGUUUGAACACCGAGAGGAGAACAGGAAGGACUGUUUGAGGACUCUCUACGCACUGAUUGAAGACGCAAUGAAAGCUGAUAAAUUGGUGGAAGAAGCGAGGAAUGCUUAUGUCAAAGAUCGACUUAGAGCUAACCCAAAAUUUAUGGAGAGGUUAAAGGCCAAGACUGCAAAGAUGCAGGCAGCUCUACCUGCAGCUGUGUGAAAUUUCACUAAGGAAGCCUUCGACAUUAGGAUCGCGAUAUUUUGUUGAUUUCUAAGAAAUUUCAUGGGGGUAAAGAUAGGUUUUCUUGCAUACGCAUGGAAAGUUUUUGCUUGAAAGCCUCUCAACUAGUUCUGUAUAACUAGCCAGGGUUCUUUUGUUGUUCUUCCGCCAGUGUUGGAUACAGACUAGCGUGCCAGUCAUAUAUAAAGGGCAGAUUCUGUAAUUUUUCUGAGGCCAUGUUUGAGAGGAUUAGGAAUAAAUUUUGACGACUUGUAGUUUUUGUUGUUUUUAAAAGCUGUAGCUUACCGAGAGAUACUUAGCAGCAUAUAUUUUGGUUCGUUGAACAAGUUUUAAAAUGGUAAAUAUAUGCAUUUCCUCGUUCUCA